AUGGGAGCUACCGACGAAAACCAGCCCCCCGAUCCGAGACAGGCUGGCUAUGCGCGUGAUGCUGUCAGUCCCAGCGAUGCCAUUCUGCGACAAACUCAGUACUUAUACGCCUUGGUGCUGCUAGUUGCAUUUGUAGGCGGCGCCGCGUGCUACAGUGUUUACAACGCCAAGAAGGAAGAAGACGUCCUUCAAUCCUCAGUCAAGGGCCCCGGAGGCAAGCCGUUGCCCACCACCAAACGAAGGAAGCGAGACGAUGGCGAGCGCAAGAUCGGCCCGCGCUUUGGCCCUUCUGCCAAAAUUGUCUUUCGCUACUUGGCGGCCGUCUUGUUCUUGAGCUACGUUGCCACGGGCGUGUUGAUGUUUGUCCAUGCCUUUUGGCAUGAGAACCCUUACAAGUGGUCUCGAGAAGGCUUGCCCUGGGCAGGUGAAUGGAGUGUGGCUCAUGUGACGGGUUCCACAUUCUUUUAUCUCUACAUUCUCUUCUCACUCUUUGACUGGAGAAAGGGUCCGAAUAUCGUACACCUCGCCGUCUGGGUCCUGGGACUUAUUGGAGAACUCGUCCUCUUCACCACCACCUUCCUUGCUGCUGCCGAUUGCCACUUUGUACGAUCGGUUCGGACAGCUGCUAAAGAACCAGGCGAAAAGACUUGCAUUGACAAAUGGGCAAAGCUUGACCUCGUCCUGUACUUUGUUCGCAUCAUGCACUUGACGGCCGUUAUCAGCCUCUUUUGCAUUGCUUGGGUCCUCAAAGUUCGACGCAACCGCCAAGAGAUUGGCGCGGCUCAGUGUAACGAAUCAACUCCCUUGCUCAAUGGAUGCGGUGCUGCCUUGUUGGACAACACCAACGGACAGCUGUACGCAUCGCAAGAACGGCGCUCCCGCAAACGAGCCCUGUCUAGCGCAACACGUGCGUCAGCCUACGGCACCUCGCGGAAAGAUGAGCAAGCUGCGUUUUACAGACCUGAAAAGCUUCCACGCCGAACCUGGUGGGAAUAUGUGCGCGGCUACUCCCUCUUCUUCCCUUACCUGUGGCCGAAGGACUCGACUCGAUUGCAGUUCCAAGUCCUGCUGUGUUUUGUUCUUGUCGUCAUCCAGCGGCUGGUCAAUGCCUCUGUCCCCUGGCAGAUUGGGCGAGUUGUCGACAGUCUUGACAAGGCCAUCCAGGCGGCACGUCGUGGCGAGCCUCUGACGACCGAAAACUUCCCACUCACGGAUUUCGUGAUUCUCGGAGGCUUAUGGAUCCUGCAGGGCCAGACGGGCUUGCUGGGCGCCCUGAGGUCGCUCCUCUGGAUUCCUGUGUCUCAGUAUUCCUACAGAGGACUUACCACUGCAGCCUUCAACCAUGUCCACUGUCUCAGCCUCGACUUUCACCUGUCGAAACGCACUGGCGAGGUCCUCUCCGCCCUGAACAAGGGUUCAGCCAUCAAUCAGUUCCUGGAGCAGGUGACUUUCCAAGUCGUACCAAUGCUGUUUGACCUGUUUCUAUCCAUCUUUCUCUUUUACAACUACUUUGGGCCGUUUUAUGCCGAGUUGAAUCUGGUCAACACUUGCUGGUACCUGUACAUGACAAUCAAGAUGGCUUCCACCCGAGCAGAUCACAGGCGUGAAAUGACAAACGCGGACCGGGAGGAGGAAGCCGUCAAGAACGAUUCGAUAUCGAGCUACGAAACCGUCAAGUAUUUCAAUGCCGAGGAGUUCGAGUCCGGACGUUACAAAGACAAGGUUGCGGCGUUUCAGAGAGCAGAAGCCAAGGUGCAAAUAGGCAUGGUCUUGAUGAACAUUUGCCAAACCUUGGUCUUCAACCUGGGCAGAAUCAUUGCCACGCUGGUGUGCGGCUGGCAAGUUGCGGUGGGAGUCAGGUCUGCAGGCAACUGGUUCACGGUGGUGUCGUACCUUACCCAGCUGCAGGGUCCUCUGAACUUUUUCGGCACGUUUUACAGGACCGUGCAGCAGGCCAUGAUAUCGGGCGAACGGCUUUUGGAACUGUUCAAAAUCCAGCCGACGGUUGUGGAUUCCCCCCAUGCCAAGCCCCUCGAGAACUUUCGUGGCCACGUCCGGUGGAAGGGGGUGAGCUUUGCUUACGACAGACGCAAACCAGCCCUGCGGAAUAUCAGUUUCGACUGUGCACCGGGCACCACGACGGCUUUCGUGGGCGAGUCGGGAGGCGGCAAAUCUACCCUUUUUCGCCACAUGUUUCGAUACUAUGAUUGCGACGAGGGCAGCAUCGAAUUCGACGGGCAAGACGUCAAAGACCUCACCAUCGACUCGGUCCGCAGGCAGAUUGGUGUGGUCCCCCAAGACACGACCUUGUUCAACGAGAGUCUCAUGUACAACCUCAAAUAUGCAAACCCAGCGGCUACAGAGGAAGAGGUUUAUGCGGCGUGCCGCGCCGCGAGCAUCCACGACCGAAUCAUGGGCUUUCCAGAUCAGUACGGCACUCAGGUCGGAGAGCGGGGACUUAGGCUCAGCGGAGGAGAAAAGCAGCGCGUCGCGAUUGCUCGAACUAUCCUCAAGAAUCCCAAGAUUAUCAUGCUGGACGAAGCAACAUCGGCGCUUGACACGCAUACGGAGCAGGAGAUCCAGGACAAUGUUUGGAACAUUGGGGAGGGCCGAACGCUUCUCAUAAUCGCGCACCGACUCUCCACCAUCACUCACGCCGACCAAAUCAUUGUGCUCCACGCUGGCGAGAUUGUGGAAAGAGGAACCCAUGACGAACUGCUAGACGCCAAUGGGCGCUAUGCCUCGAUGUGGGAAAAGCAAAUCAGGGCUGAGCGCGCCAUGGAUGCUGCCCGGGAGGCACACUUGAAAGCAGCAAGAGCGAUACGGCGAGCCAACAUGGGUUCGAAGACGCCCGACGAGGCCACUAUGGAAGAUUACCAUAGUCUGGGCUCGUCUGGAACACUGUCGGGUAACGCCACGAGCCGUGGUAUCCAAGGAGAGGAAACCACCUCGGCAUCGUCGUCUGCGUCAGGCUCGUCAGCUUCAUCUGAUGCCGGAUCCACUCACACCGCCGAUCACGGGGACGACGGACACUGA